UCUCUCCUUGUUUAUCACCGUCCUUCUUAAGAAACAAGCUCCAGCCUUCAUCAUGGCCGAAUCAGCAGCUCCCGGCCUCACAUCCGAGCAGCUCUCAUCCUUCAACAAGGACGGCUACCUCAUCAUCCGAAAUGCUCUCCGCCCCGAAACCGUAGCCUCUCUCUUAAACGAGACUCACAGCCUGCUGGAGAACUUCUCCCUCAAGGACCACCCCCUCACGCGCUUCUCCACCGGCGAAAAGUCCGACCAUGUCGGCGACGACUACUUCCUCUCGUCGGGGGACAAAGUCCGCUUCUUCUUCGAGGAGGACGCCUUUGACGAGGCGGGCAACCUGACGAAGCCAAAGGAGCGCGCCGUCAACAAGAUUGGGCACUACCUGCACGCCCUAUCGCCGCCGUUUGCGCGUCUCAUCGACUCCAAGGCCACCAGCGCAGCAGGCGAGGUCAGCCCUGCUGCCGUGGCGAGAGAUCUCGGCUUCAAGGACGCCAGAUGCCUGCAGAGCAUGGUCAUCUGCAAGCAGCCCGAGAUUGGCGGCGCCGUGCCGCCACACCAGGACUCGACGUUUCUGUACACGAGUGCGCCGUCGGCCGUGGGCUUCUGGUACGCGCUGGAGGAUGCCACGCUGGAGAAUGGGUGCCUGAGCUUUCUGCCCGGGUCGCAUCGCUGGGCGCCGAUUGAGAAGAGGCUGGUGCGCAAGGCGGGCGGCGCGGGCACGGAGAUUGUGGAUAAUGAUGGGCUGAGGUUUCCUCCUGGGGACGAGUAUGGUGGUGAGCAAAGGGGCGGGGAGUAUGUCCCUGGUGAAGUCAAGGCGGGAGAUUUGGUGCUGAUUCAUGGCAACAUGCUGCAUAAGAGCGAGAGGAAUACGAGCCAGAAGGGGAGAAUCAUUUACACCUUUCAUAUUAUUGAGGGUGAGGGUAGAGAGUAUGAUGAGAGGAAUUGGCUGCAGCCGCCAAGGGAAGGGUUUACCAAAUUGUUUGUCUAAGUCUAGUCAAGAGCAGAAAAGAUAUAAUCGAUCAAGGGGGAAAAGUUCGUAUAUACCAAAAGGAAAUUCUUUUCUUUCAUCUGCUCCUCAUGUCUUUAGGAAAUCUAUCCGUCGCUCAUGCGCUCUAAUGGUAUAGUACAUACAUGUAUAUACAGGUCCUCCCACAGAAACGAAGAAUAAAUGGCCACCCCCGUUCUAUAUAUACUCGAAAAGAAAGCCCUCCAAAACUUGGAAAUCUCCAGGUAUCAUACAAUCUCCCAUGUGGCGUGACUGCAUGUAGCAGUCUACGUAUGAUGGCUGAUUUAAUAAAACAAACAGAAAAAAAAAAAAAAGUCGUAACCGUGGAUGAUAGAAAAGCAAACUCCCAGUCGGCUAGCAAGGCCAAAGAGAAACAGUACAAGAUUGGAAAAGAGUAGAUUGUGGCUUUUCUUACUCUUCAUCUGAGCUCUCGUCGUCCGAGCCAGACUCGUCUUCUGAUGAAGAGGAUGAAGAGGAAGAAGAGGAGGAUUCGCUGCUGGAAGACUCGUGGCCCUUAUCAGCCUCCUUUCCAUCGUCAGAGUCAGAAUCGGAAUCAGAAUCGUCUGAAGAGCUGCUGCUGUCGUCCGAGUCGCUCUCUGAUUCCGAGGAGCUGCUGUCGUCCACAGUGGUACGCAGCUUUCUCUUGCGCUUGCUGGGCCCCUCCUUUAAUUUGACCUGGUUAUCACCUUCGGUAGCCUUGGUUGUGUUGCUUUCGGCGAUGCUCACUCCGGAAGACGCUGUGGCCGUGGUGGUGUGGCUGGCAUCGGACUCCUCGCCCUCGGACAGUUGGUCUAGAACUAGCUCUGCGCGCAUUCGCUUGAUCACACGCCUGAUUACAUCGUCGACGUCCUCUGAUGAAGUCCGGUAUUCGACCUCAUGGAAGGUCUUCCUCUUCUGCCCCGCCUGCGAAUGAAGCAAUUGCGCGAGCAGCUGGUCGUAUCUUAGUU